UGAGAGACUAAAAGUAGUUUUUCUGUAUAGCCUUUUGAGUUUUGAUAUUAUACUUCACUGUUCUGUUCUGGGUAAUUUGGACUGUAAAGUUUCUUUCUUUUAGGGUUCUUAAACUCUUCUCAAUUGACUUGCUUUAGGUGAAUGAACAAAAGUUCAAGACCAAUGUCCAGAUGGGGUCGGGAGUCCUCUCAGGAAGAUGGUACCAUGAGAAUACAUGAUUUCAAUUCGAUUUUCUCUGAGACGCCAAGCUCUGCCCGAAUCGAAAACUUGAGAAAGGAAGGAGGGAGUUUCCGUCUUCCUUCUCCUGUUAAAUUCAGAAGUGGAUUGAUGCCAGGUUCGAUUCCUGUGCCGAGAGGCAUACCUUUAAGUGGGAAAGAAAGCAGGUCAGAAUCAGACUUGGAUACAUCCUCUGACUCUGAGGAUGAAGGCUAUGGGGCUCGAUUGUCACUGGAUUACUCAUACCAAGAUGAGAAGCUUCCUGAUGCGGUGCUCCAUAAAAGUAGCGCCUCAGACCAUGUCAUGAAGAAAUUUGAGGACCCUCAUUUGAAUGUACAGAAGAAGAUGAGGCUUGGAUUCGUAAGUGGCGCUGCAGAAGGCGAUGAACUUUCAGAUUCUGCUUCUACCAAUGAAGUUUCAUAUGUUCAUUGCAAAAAAAGUAACCCUGCACCAGGCAUCAGAAAUGAAGUUAAGCAGGAUAGGGACAUGCCGAGUGCACCACCUAUCAGUUCUGGAAUAGAAGAUUUGGUUCAGAGAGCAUCAGGUUCUGGAGCUAAUACUACUACAGAUGAAACAACAGCAUCUAAGCAUUUCCAUUCUAAUAGCUCCAUUGAACUGGAUGAUGGAUUUUCUAAACCACAUGAAAGGAUUCCUGCCAACAAAGGUUUCAAUCCAGAGAAAGGUUCUUUACCUCCUCGUUUCCCACAAUUUCAUGUGAGUGGGCAAAGUCAAUGGUCUGCUGUGAUUUCUUAUGAUGCAUGUGUUCGGCUAUGCCUUCAUUCAUGGGCUAAAGGUUGUACUGAAGAAGCUCCUUAUUUCUUAAACAAUGAGUGUACCUUGUUGCGCACUGCAUUUGGCUUACAACAUGUAUUAUUGCAACCAGAAGAAGAACUUUUGGCAAACCGAACUUCCUCCGAGUUAGUAACUGAAGGAGCUACUCCAAAACCCAAGAAGACUUGCAGCAAAAUGAAAGUGCAAGUGCGUAGGGUGAAACUUGGUCUAGACUUGCCUGACGGCUGCAGUUUCUCAUCUUUGAACCCGAGUUUGAUAAGAAUCGGAUCAUUUCGACGGCACUUGUCAAAUAUAAAUUCAGCAUUGCAUUCUGGGUGGGAAGAUGUACGCAAAGUUCGUGGUAGCAGUCAGUGCAUCAAACAAGUCUCUAUGGUUUUGAAGAAUGGUGUUACUACUCCUCGCAACAGUCCCUCACCAGAAGAGGUCGUCCAUGAAACAUAUACAUGUUUGAUGAGGUUGAAAAGUUCAGAUGAAGAGGACUCUGUUCGAAUGCAACCAGGCUCUGGUGAAACUCAUGUAUUUUUCCCUGACAAUCAGGGUGAUGAUUUGAUCAUCCAAGUUCAAGAUUCCAAGGGGCAAAGUUGUGGUAGGGUUCUUGCACAAGUGGCUGCUAUAGUUGAUGACCCAACUGAAAAGCUUCGAUGGUGGCCCAUAUACCGUGAACCGGGACAUGACCUAGUGGGCAGAAUACAGCUUCACAUUAGCUAUUCAAGUACUUCUGACGAUGCUAAUCAUCCAAAGUGCGGUUCGAUUGCAGAAACUGUAGCUUAUGACUUUGUUUUGGAAACUGCAAUGAAAGUUCAACACUUUCAGCAAAGUAGUCUGUUGCUACAUGGUCAGUGGAAGUGGCUCGUGACUGAAUUUGCUUCUUAUUAUGGUUUAUCAGAUGCAUAUACGAAAUUGAGGUAUCUUUCAUAUGUGAUGGAUGUGGCCACACCCACUCGGGACUGUCUUGAGUUGAUAUAUGACUUACUAAAACCAGUUCUCGUGAAGGGGAAUAGGAAAACUGUGUUGAGCCGCCAAGAGAACCGAAUUCUUGGAGAAGUAGAAGAUCAAAUCCAGGAUAUUCUAGCUUUGGCUUUUGAAAACUACAAGUCUCUGGACGAGCUGUCACCUUCUGGCAUCCUGGACGUUUUUAGUCCUGCCACUGGAUCUCCUGCUUCUGCUUUGGCCCCUGCUGUCAAACUAUAUGCUCUUCUGCAUGAUAUAUUAAGUUCCGAGGCACAGUCAAAAUUAUGCAGAUACUUUCAGGCGGCUGCGAGAAAGAGAUCAAGAAGGCACUUGGCUGAGACUGAUGAAUUUAUCAGCAACAAUGACAUGGUGCUAGCAGAUCCUUUGACAUUUUCUUCUUCAUAUAGAAAAAUGAAGUCCCUAAUUUUGAGCAUUAGAAAUGAAAUAUACACUGAUAUUCAGAUCCAUAAUCAGCAUGUGCUUCCCAGUUUUUUGGACCUUCCAAAUAUAUGUGCAUCCAUAUACAGUAUGGAUCUAUCAAGCCGGUUGAGCAAAUUUCUUGUCGCGUGUCCUCCUCCCGGACCCUCAACUCCUGUUGCAGAUCUUGUUAUAGCAACUGCCGACUUUCAAAUGGAUCUUUCCUCGUGGAAUAUAAGGCAAAUUUCUGUGAUACAUCAUAUAAAAGGCGGAGUUGAUGCCAAAGAGUUGUUCCAUUUCUAUAUUACCAUCUGGAUCCAAGACAAACGACUUACUCUCCUCGAUAUGUGCAGACCAGACAAGGUGAAGUUGUCUGGUGGCAAGACUCAACAUUCAACUGCUCCUUUUGUCGACGAAUUGUACGAGAGGUUGAACGAGAUGUUGAACGAGUAUGAAGUGAUCGUUUCUCGUUGGCCAGAAUAUAUUUCCAUCUUGGAUAAUGCCAUUGCAGAUGUGGAGAAGGCAAUUAUUGACGCUCUGGAGAAACAGUAUGUUGAAGUGUUGACACCGCUGAAGGACAGUCUUGGACCCAAAUUCUUCGGGUUCGUACAAAAGCUAGCCAAACGAACAGGGGAUAUCUACUUUGUUCCUGAGGAGCUGGGGGUACUCCUGAAUUCCAUGAAACGGAUGCUUGAUGUCCUGCAGCCAAAGAUACAAGCACAGCUGAAUUCCCGAACUUGUUGUUUUCCCGAUGGUUCAAAUUCUACCAUUGGUGAUACCCUUGGUGAAAUAAGCGUGAUGUUGAGAUCGAAAUACAGAACUUACCUGCAUGCUGUUGUAGAAAAGCUCAUUGAAAAUACAAGGAUGCAGCAGUCAACAAAAUUAAGGAGGAUAAUCCAAAACUCAAGUGAAACGUUGGUGGAGGCAGAUGUUCGGAGCAGAAUGCAGCCACUUACGGAUCUCUUGAUAAAAACCAUAGAUCAUCUGCAUUCGGUCGUAGAACCUCAUGUAUUCAUUUACAUUUGUCGAGGUUUAUGGGAUCGAAUGGGGCAGGAAGUACUACGUUUUCUGCAGAACCGAAGAGAAAGCAGAGCUGGGUACAAAUGCUCACGGAUUGCAGUUUCAGUGUUGGAUGACAUAUUUGCAUCUCAAAUGCAGCAGUUGCUUGGAAACACAAUCCAAGAGAAGGAUUUGGAGCCACCCAGAUCGAUAAAGGAAGCGCGGUCAGUGCUUUGUAAAGAUGGCGUGAACCAACAGGAGAACAACUACUACUACUAGAAGUCUAUACAUAUACGUACCGAGCAUAAGAAGUGAUUGUUGUUGUUGUGCACAGAAGGUAAAAAGUUUCAUACGGUUUUUUGGAGGAGUUACAUACCAAUGCCAUGCAUAUAGAUAUAUAGAUAGGAACCACAGAAUCUGGGAAGUUUCCUUUCCAUCUGCCCUUUUGUUUCAAGCCACCACACCACCUUGGUGAUCAGUCUUGUCCCACCAUUAAAAGUGUAAUAGAAUUUACUUGAGUAUUUUAGAUGUUUUGAUGUAUCUUGCCUUGGAUUACUGUAAAUCCAACGUAUUUGAAUGUAUUGAUUAGUGAAGGAGUAGGAUUUCCGAGUCAUAUCUGCUCAAGAAGUUUUGUGCUCACGUUGAAGGUGGGAUGUAGUGGUACAGCAGUGAAUUCACUGUCUUGUUAUGGAAACUAUGAAGUGGUU